AUGGACGUACAGAGCCUGCUGAACGCCACCUCUACUGAGGACUCGCUCUCAGCGCUGUCGACACAGCUCGUCUCUCUCGGCUACCUCUCCCGACCGCUCGACCUCUCCACCCUCUUCCUCGCCCCUCCAACCCCCUCAAACGCGUCAUCCAAGGCUCUCAAGAAACACCACGACUUGUUGAUCCUCCAAGCGCGCGCGAGGGAACAGAUUGCAAAGUGUUUGUGGGGGAUGCUGGAGCAGCGGCGGGCGGAGAGGGGGACUAUCGAGGCGCUUUUGUCGAGGGAGGCGAGCGCUGCGGAGGAGGCAGAGAGGGAGAAGAACGCGGCUGAUCGGGCAAGGAAGGAGCGCGAGGUGUUGGGCAAGGAACUCGAGGCGGAGAAGGCCAGGGCGAAGGACGCGGAGCAGAAGCUGAAGGUCGAGCAGGAGCGGCACCGGCAUGCGCGGGAGGAACUGGCCAAGACGAAGAAUGCGUUGCAGUUUGUCAGGACGCAGGCGCAGCACGAAUCGAAGCGGCGCGAAGCCGAAGUCCAGUCCCUUCACCAGCGACUGCAGAAGCUCACGACCGCUCCUGCCUCGUCCGCCUCCGACUCUGCCUUCACUCGCUUCGUCGUCUUGAACGGAGCAGCAAGCGGAUCGUCCUCGUCGCCCCUCACCACGACGUUCGGCGGCCGUGCAUCCCGCCUCCCCGCCCGCUCACCCACCCCAACGUCCGCUGCAUCCUCAACCGCCGCCGCAGCUCUCGAAGCUGAGCUCGACCUCCUCCGCACGACUCUCGACGACCGCCUAUCCGAGUGCGAGCAUUUGGCGGAUGAGAACAAGGACUUGCGGACGUUCGUUGGCGAGGUGGAGGAAUGGGCUGAAGGAGUGCUGGAAACGGACGAGAUGCUCAAGUUGAGGCAGGCCGGCGAGGAAGGGGACGAGAUCCGUGGCGUACUCGAUACGGGUGACGAGUCUUUCCACAUCCCUUCGCCUCACCUCGCCCUUCCCGUCCCCACUCUCACAACCGCCCUCCACCGCAAGCUCUACGCCAUCCGCCUCGGCCUUUCCACCCUCAACUCCGCCGCCUCGUCCGCCGUGUCCACCCUGCGCGAAGAACUCGAAGGCGAGAUCGAGCGGUUGAACGAGGAGGUCGAAGAGGAGGUCCGACGGCGCGAGGAGGUCGAGAAGGAGAGGGAGGAGGCGAAGGAACAGGUUAGGAUGGGUGAGCGGUUGGUGCAGGAGUGGGCGGACAAGGCGCAUGAGGAGAAGAGGCGGAGGUUGACGCGCGCGCCCGAAUCGGACGAUGAGCUUCCUCCCGAGAUCGAAGCAUCUAUGGCCGUCGAGAAGCAGAAGCGUCUAGCUCGCAAGACCGGCAAGACGGUGUCUCCCGUCGAGACCGCUGUCGACGCCCCGGCCAAGACGUCCUCAGCGCCUCGACCUUCUGCACCCUCUGCUCACGUCGCCGCCUUUCUCUCGGAUCUCGGUCUUGACACGCCGGCCGUCGAGGAAAGUAAGGGCGCGCUGAAGAGCGAGAAGGUGCGGAGCGGGACUGCGAAGGAGCAGGCCGCCGACAAGACGCGAGUGCGCGUGUCGAGCGAACGACGGGCGGAGAAGGAGCGAGAAGUGGACGCCGAGAUGCCGCCUCCUUCCAAGCCGACUCGCCGAACCUCGUCCUCUCGCCCCGCAACGUCCGCUCCGGCUGCGCCGAUUUCUCGCUCGACUACGACGAACUCGACAAGCGCCGCCGGCACGUCGAGCGCCCUCGCCGACAUCCUUUCUCUCGCCACCUCGCCGCCCGUCUCGUCAGAGCCUCUCGUCUCUAUCAAGUCGGCGAUUCCCUCGAAGGAUAAGGAGCGCGCGCGGACCGUCCUCUCUUCGUCGCGAAUGGCCAACACGGAUGUCGGACGAGCAACGGGCGGAGAGAAGGAGCAGGAUCGGGUAGCGGCGAAGAAGCAGGCGCUGCUCGAGAGGGCGCGGAGUGUGAGCGGCAGGAGUGCAAGGUCGUAG